GUGACUAAAGGUUGACCUGACCUGGUUCGCACACACGCACCAAAAGCACCGCUUACCUUGUCUGCCAUGGCCGAUGCUUUCCUGGACGCCGUCGAGCGGCGCCGCACCUACUACUCGCUGUCGGACGCCAGCCCCAUCUCGGACGCGCGGAUCCAGUCGCUUGUGGAACGCGCGACGCAGCACGCGCCGAGCGCCUACAAUGUCCAGUCGGCCCGCGUCGUGCUCCUCCUCGGCGAGCGGCACAAGCAGGCCUGGCGCACCGUCGCCGAAUCCUAUGCCUCUACGGUCCCUCCCAGCAACAGUGGGACCCAGCAGCAGGAGCAGCGCGAGGCCGAUGAGCAGGCGCGGCAGGCGCGGCGGCAGCGCACGGAGAAAUUCGGCAGCGAGACGUAUGGCUCCGUCGUCUUUCUGGAGAACCGCGAGGACAUUGAGGCCCAGUAUGUGCAGUCGCCCGACUUCAAAGAAAGCAAGGCGUUUGACGUCUGGUCCGAGAACGCGACGGGGAUGCUCCAGUUCGCAGUCUGGACAGCCCUCGAGGCGGAAGGUCUCGGUGCCAGCUUGCAGCACCACGUCUCGACGUACCCCGCCGUGGGACGGGCGCUGACGGAGCAUCUCGCUCUGCCUUCUUCUUGGCAGUGCACGGCCAUGAUGCCAUUCGGCACGCCGGCCGGUCCGCCAGGACGGCCAGGAAAGGAAAAGCCGUUCAAGCCCAUUAGAGAUCGGGUCAUCAUCUUCAAGUAGAACAUAGAGCAAAGAGGAAAGGGGGGGAAAGACCGUGAUCAAAUUCAAAAGAAAUCAGAAGCGAGGGAGGUUUCGUACAUUUGGCGAAGCGGUAUCGACGAGGACAUGGUAUGAAGCAGAACAGCAGCCGGGAGGAUUAGGAUUCUUUAGGGCAGGCAGAGGUAAUGAGGGGGCCGGAGGAGGGACCGGCCGGAGGGAUUGGCGAGGGUGUCGGGCGGACGAGUGGCCGAGGGGCCGAGGAGUAGCACGGAAGCAAGGGAUCGAGAGAUCAGG